AUGGACGAGCCUGCAGACCAGACGGAGCGCUGCAGCUCGUUUGUCAUUGGCGUUCGGGGAGUCACGUUCUGUCAGGAAGGUGAUAUGAGGGUGGAGGGCGUUUUUUACAGCUUUGACAUACUACCUAGAGUUAGGGCAAGGGGAGCACCAAUUAAUGACUGCGUGGUCCUCAUCAAUUCUGCUUCAACAAAUAGGCCUGCCAGAAUGAACUCUUACUUAGACUACCCUGUCUGCAACCGGGGGACGAACAUUUUCAACGCCAAAGCUGGAUACCACAAUCUGAACCAUGGAUACGUCGCUUCCUUAGCCUCCAAUUCAUGUGCAACAAAUGAUAGCUGCGGAUCCGACGGCCGAUUACUGCAGGGCGCCGCUUCUCUACCACCGCCGCCGCCACCACAUCCGCCUCAGAAUGCAGGUCACCCUCUCCACCAUCAUCAGACACACAUCAACUUUGAUCUGCAGUUCGCAACGCAAGGGAAUGCGGUGUACACUGCUCAGAUCGGGUCAACUCUGGACUACGGAAACCCCCAAUACAUUGCCCCGGGUCACGAGCACGAACACGAGCACAGGGGGUUCGUUAAUUCGCACGUUUCUCCCAUAGGAACCAACAUGGCUCCUUACACGGGAGACGGCGGUGGGCCCGGGCUCGCGCCGAGCAACCAGUACCUGCAUUUCAGCAACGCGGAGCAGAGACAGCAGCAGUACUUGUUAGAAGGUGUUUACCCGAGGUUACCGAGCCAACACAAGGAUCACAAGGAUCUGGAUCACGCAGAACAAACGUCCAAAACGUUCGACUGGAUGAAAGUUAAGAGGAACCCUCCUAAAACAGCGGCCUUGUCUGAGUACGGAGCUGCGGGGCAGCACAACGCGAUACGCACUAACUUCACCACCAAGCAGCUAACGGAGCUGGAGAAGGAGUUCCACUUCAACAAAUACCUCACGCGGGCGCGGAGGGUGGAGGUGGCCGCCAGUCUGGACCUGAACGAGGCCCAGGUCAAAAUCUGGUUUCAGAACCGCCGCAUGAAGCAGAAGAAACGGGAGAAGGCGGGAAGCGUGGCGGUGAACUGUGCCGGGGGCCCCGCGGCACCGAACUCGUCGGCCUCCGACAGCCCCGCGAAAGCCGAGGGGCAGUGAGAGCGCGGGGAGGGUGGCAACUCGCGGAGACUUCCAUUUAGACUGAUGCGCGCGCGCGGGCCCGUGGAGUGACGCAGCCUUCCCUUCCCCGCAUCUCUGCAGACGAACUGAGGGGAGGAAAGACUCGGGGAUUUCUAUCACUUGUGGAGCGGAGUAUGCAGGGUCACACACACACACACACUGUGUCUUAAUAUGUGUUUAUGCGUUGAUUUUUCUGAGAUGGAUGCUGCGAUAUUAAUGCUCUCCU